CCUUGAGAAGACUAUGUCGGCGAAGCAGCGGCUCGCGCACCAGAAGGGGAAGAUCCUUGCUCAAGCAAACCAUGAUUAUGGCUCCAUGCGCUUGGAUAUCAACGAUCCGUCCGUGCACUGGGACUACACGAUUGCAUUCCAAAACCCAGUCAUGCGCAAGCCUGGUGCCAAAGAACCGCCAUUCUCGGUGGAAGAAAUCCUUCGCCGCCUACACUCGCAAGGCUUGCAAUUCCGCCUGUACUACUCGUCCACCCGCGAUAUCAUUUUCUGCGAAAUCCGGUGCCACUACCAACGCUUGAAGAUCGAAGCUGAUCGUAUCGACAUGCCAGUGUUGUUGGAUGCCAAGGAAUUGCAAGCCACGGCCGAACGUGGGUUCAAGAACUUGGGUAUCAAGCCGUUCCCGAUCUCCGACGUCAAGAGAAUCUACGACUAUGCUCCGUACGAAUACAUCCACGCGGCGUUCGAAGACGAUGAUGACAAGCAAUACUUGUUUGCCAAGCGCAACUUGGACGGCACAGUGUUCCCGCCUGUCAAACGCAUGCAGCUGAUUGAAAGUAUUAUCAUCUCCAAGGAGUGCUGCGACUUAGACUUGGACAAAUUGAUCCUGAACGAGUCGAUCCUGGCGUGCUACCCUCUCCACAACGAAGACGAAGUGAAGAUUCUCGCCCGUGACUGGAUCCCUGUCUUUAGAAUGCCUUGGAGCCAACCUUUGGACAGCAUCCGCGAAUACUUUGGCGAACGCAUUGCCUUCUACUUUGCGUACUUGGGACACUACACGACGUUUAUGGUUUACGCUGCUGUCGUUGGUGCCCUCGUGUUCACGGCACAACGAUUCAUCGGAGACACCCGUCAAAAUUUUGGAAAGGAAGAGGUGCUUGUCUUGUCGCACACUCCAUACUUGAUCCCGGCGUUCGGCUUUUUCAUGUGCGUGUGGUCGACCAUUUUCUUGGAAACGUGGAAGCGCGAACAAAACGUGUUGGCGAUGAAGUGGGGGAUGUCGGAGCUAGCCCAAGAAGAAAACCCUCGUCCUCAAUUCGCAGGUGAACCGAUUGCGAGCCCCAUCAACGGCGUCCAUUCGCUUUACUUCGCCCCCUCGAAGAAGUACACCCGCGUUGCCAUGUCGUGGGGCGUCCUCCUUCUGCUGAUCUCGAUCGUGUUCCUCUUGGUUGCGGGCAUCUUUCGCCUGCGCUACAUCUGGACCAACGACGACUCGUUGAAGCUCCCGGGGGUGUUAUCGCAUAUUCCCGUGGGGUCACUCUUGGCGUCUGUGGCGAACGUGGUCCAGAUUACCAUCAUGGGCAAGAUCUACUAUAAGACGUUCUAUUCGUUCAAUGAGUACGAAAACCACGAGACCGACUCGGAGUACGAAUCGUCGCUCGUGGUCAAGACGUUCGUCUUCAACUUUGUCAACAACUUCGCCGCAUUGUUCUACACGGCGUUCUUGAAGGAGUCAUUCGAAGGCGAGUGCAAGGACCACGAUUGCCUUGGUGAGUUGGCGUACUGUUUGGCGCUUGUGUUUGGCAUCCAACUCGUGGUCGGCAACGUUCGCGAGAUUUUGCUCCCCCGCUUCUUUGCCUGGUUGAACAAGCGCAGCAUCGUCAAGGGCGAAGCGGUGACGGAAAUGGUCUCCGAAGCUGAGAAGCAGUUCUCUCUCUCCACGUAUGAAUGGAGCGGCACAUUCGACGACUACACGGAAAUGAUCACCCAAUUCGGGUACUGUUCGUUGUUCGUGGUGUCGUUCCCGUUGACUCCCCUGUUUGCCUUGGUGAACAACUACAUUGAAAUCCGCGUCGAUGGGUUCCGCCUCCUCUUCGACAACCGGCGCUCCCGUCCUCGCAGCGCCGGCAGCAUUGGCAUGUGGCUUGACAUUGUCGAGUGGUGCACCACGAUUGCCAUUUUCACCAACGCGUACGUGAUCGUGUGGACGUCCAACACGUUCGACUUCCUCAAAAACUCGAAUCUGUUCAAGUUCCCCAACGGGGACGUAAACGAGGACGCUGUCGACGAGUACGCCAAGGUCCAAAAGCUCAUCGCGUUUGUCUCGUUCGUGGCCAUCAUGAUGGUGAUCCGGUUCUUCCUCGCACACGUUAUCCCUGACGUCCCGGCGUCCGUGUCGGCCCAACUCAAGCGCCAGCAAUUCUUCAACAACAAGGCCAUCUUUCGUGUGCCCGACGACAUCGUGAGCAAGUACGUGCCCAACCAGAGCGACACGUUCGACAUGACCAUCCACGACCAUUAAGACGAUCCAUACGCAUUGGAGUAAAGCUAGCUCGACAAGCAACGCCAUGUUUGUGUACAUCAUUAAGGUAAUUCUUGUGUCAUCA